GACGCGGAAAAGCCGAUCAGCCAAUCAGCGCCGUACAGCUGGAAAAGAUGGCGGCUUCCUUAUGGAGGUGUUUUUGUGUGCUGCUGUGUUUUACUUUAAUUUGUGUUCUAGCACUUGAGAAUGAUAAAAGUAAAAAGCCUAAAAAGAAGAAAGAUAUCCGCGACUACAAUGACGCGGAUAUGGCCAGACUCUUGGAGGAAUGGGAGAAAGAUGAUGACAUCGAAGAGGGGGACCUUCCAGAGCACAAAAGACAGCCCCCAACAAUUGAUUUCUCAAAAAUUGACGCUUCAAAGCCUGAGGAGCUCCUUAAAAUGAGCAAGAAAGGAAAGACAUUGAUGGUGUUUGCUACCAUAUCUGGAGACCCCACCGAGAAGGAGACUGAAGAAAUUUCAAGUCUCUGGCAGGGCAGCCUUUUCAAUGCCAACUUCGAUAUUCAGAGGUUUGUGGUGGGUUCUAACAGAGUCAUCUUCAUGCUACGUGAUGGAGGUUAUGCUUGGGAGGUGAAGGACUUCCUGGUGGCGCAGGAUCGCUGCGCAGAUGUGACCGUGGAGGGUCAGGUGUACCCUGGGAAGGCAGCGAAGAAAGAAGACAAGGCGAAGGCUAGCAAUGAUAUUAAACCGAAAAGCAAGAGCAAAAACAAGGAGAAGACGGGGAACAAAGAGAGCAAUAAGGCCAACAAACAGAGAGAGGAGCUCUGACACCGCUGUGAUUGACCAUUCAGAGGAAUUCUGGGAUAGUGUGAAGCUAACGCUUACAAACAUCCGAGAGUGCUGUAAACGUUGCAAAGUUCACCACCUUCCAUACUUGAAUGACUCACCAGUGUUGCUGCGGUCUAGAUCAAGUUCAGCUUUUUGCUUGAUUUCCUGUACUUGUAUAAGCUUUUGUUUCAGUUUUUUUUCAUAACCUAGAACAGAAACUUUCCACUACGUAAGUACGUCACACGUUUAUGGAAACUGAAGAGGAUCUGAAUUCACAUUUCAGUUUACCUUCCUGUGGUGUCGGUCUAACAUCAGUUUGUAUAUGUGAAGCGAUUGGUCUGAGAAUCUGUCAUGACUGUAUCCAUCUCUGCAUCCUGAAUGUUUUCAACUUUGGCAGCUGGGCUACAUGGUACAGUUUUGAAAUAAAGACUUUUUAAAAAUAAAUAAAUAAAUAAAAAGCUGUUGAUGCGAAA